GCGAAUCUCCGACUCGAUCGGCCAUUGACGCCCUCUUCCUCCUCCUUGACCCCGUCUCCAGUUUAUCUGCGCCACCCUCUCGCCCGUCUCCCUCCUUUGCCCGCCUCUCAUCCCGGCCGUCUCAAGCCAGAACGCAACGGCCGGCCGCCUCAAGCCGGAACGCAACGGCCGGCGGCCGACGACCAGGCUAGCUAGCUAGCGCGGGUCGGCAGCAGAGCAAACAUGAGCGGGGGAGGAGGGGGCGGCAACUCGAGGGAGCUCGACCAGACGCCGACAUGGGCCGUCGCCUCCGUCUGCGGCGUCAUCGUCCUCAUCUCCAUCCUCCUCGAGAUGGGCCUCCACAAAGUCGGAGAGUGGUUCGCGCACAGGAAGAAGAAGGCCAUGGUGGACGCCCUUGAGAAGGUCAAGGCAGAACUGAUGGUGCUGGGGUUCAUCUCGCUGCUGCUGGUGUUCGGGCAGAGCUACAUCAUCAAGAUUUGCAUCUCCGAGGCUGCCGCCGACACCAUGCUCCCAUGCCGCCUCAAGAAGGCCACCGUCGAGGUCGAGAUCGCCAAGGACGGCGGCCACGGCGCCCCCGCGGGCGGCGCCAAGGAGGAGCACGGCGCUAAGCAGCCGGAGGAGCAUUUCAGCCUCGGCACCAAUCCCUUCACCGCCACCUCCUUCAGCGUCCCCCACAGGAUGCUCAGCGAGGCCACCUCCUUCAGCGUCCCCCACAGGAUGCUCAGCGAGGCCACCUCCUUCAGCGUCCCCCACAGGAUGCUCAGCGAGGCCACCUCCUUCAGCGUCCCCCACAGGAUGCUCAGUGAGGCCAACAUGAACACCAAAUGCCCCCCGGGGAAGGUGUCCCUCAUAUCGAUAAACGCUCUGCACCAGCUGCACAUCUUCAUCUUCUUCCUGGCCGUGUUCCAUGUCUGCUACAGUGCCACCACCAUGGCACUCGGCAGGGCCAAGAUACGAGGAUGGAAAGAGUGGGAAAAAGAAGCGGCCGGCCAAGAUGAAGAAGUCACUAACGAUCCGUCGCAGUUCAGGUUUACGCACGAGACAUCGUUCGUCAGGCAGCACAUGAACGUCCUCAACAAGACCCCGGCGUCGUUUUACAUCAGCAACUUCUUCAGGCAGUUCUUUAGAUCGGUCCGGAGGGCUGACUACUGCGCGUUGCGCCACAGCUUCGUCAACGUUCAUUUGGCUCCUGGCAGCAAGUUUGAUUUCCAGAAGUACAUCAAGAGGUCUCUCGAGGAUGAUUUCAAGGUCAUCGUCGGGAUCAGCCCUAUUUUGUGGGCGUCUGCACUCACCUUCCUGCUCAUCAACAUCAACGGGCUGCACAGCAUGCUCUGGAUAUCCAUCAUGCCGCUGGUGAUCAUCCUGCUGGUGGGCACGAAGCUGCAGGGGAUCAUCUGCCGGAUGGCGAUCGACAUCACGGAGCGGCACGCGGUGAUCCAGGGGAUCCCGCUGGUGCAGGUCAGCGACAGCUACUUCUGGUUCAGCCGCCCCACCUUCGUCCUCUUCCUCAUCCACUUCACCCUCUUCCAGAACGGCUUCCAGAUCAUCUACUUCCUCUGGAUCCUGUACGAGUACGGGAUGGAUUCCUGCUUCAACGACUCCAAGAAGCUCGUCUUCGCGCGGCUCUGCCUCGGGGCGGUGGUGCAGGUGCUGUGCAGCUACGUGACGCUGCCGCUCUACGCGCUGGUGUCGCAGAUGGGGACCACCAUGAAGCAGUCCAUCUUCGACGACCAGACCUCCAAGGCGCUCAAGAGCUGGCGCGCCGGCGUCAAGAAGAAGCCGGCGGCCAACUCCAAGCACGGCUCCGGGUCGCCCUCGGGGAGCCCGCGCGCCGGCAGCCCCAAGGCCGGCGACGAAGGCAGCACCGCCGGCGUCGCGCUCACGCAGAAGCAAGGCCAGGGCGACGACGGCGCGCCAUGAUAUCAUAUGUACGCGCCCCAGGAUCCAUGACCCAUGAUCCAUUCGAGUACACUGUUUGAUUCUUUGUACCAGUACGUAGCAGCAAGCAAACACGUCUAUACAUGUGUGUCAGUGUAUAUGUAUAUGCAUCUGUGCAUAGUUUACGUAGGACACGCAGGAAGGGAGGAGUUGCAUCUUUUUUCUUGUUAUAUUAUCACUUCUACAAUUUAAUUUAACUAGGGCCGGUGUUGUUGUAUUCAUGUCGACUAAUCAUUUGCUAACUUGAAAGGUGUGAUUGCAGUUCAAACAGAUAUGA